CCCCCCCCACACAGAGAGAGAGAGAGAGAGGAAGAGAGAGGCGACGUAGCCUCCCUCUCGCACCCGCCCACCCCCACAUCCAUACCCACACCAGUUGAGCUCAUCACGUCCGGCAGCCAGUUGUGGAAAAUUAAAACUUACGCAAGAGAGAGGGGCAACACAAUGAACGGCUGCGCCGGGGCGUGGUGGGGUUGAGGCAGACAGGCAGACAGGCACACUCGGCAAAAUCGUGCAGUGUCCGGUGUCAGUCGAUCUUGUUACGAGAUGGGGGGGAUCGUGCGCAGGAAACAGCCGAUACACAUGCAAAAAAUACAUGCCAGUGAGUGUGCACGGGGGGAGGGGAGGGGAGAGGGAAGGAGAGUAGGUACGCCUGUGGGGUGAGCACCUGUCGGCCUGGCCUCUCUGGGUGUGUGUGUGGGUGUGCCUGCCUGAAUCCAUCUGACUGUCUGUCUCCUCUCUGCGGGUAAGUGAGUGAGACAGCAGUGAGAGCACGCAGCUGUCUGUGCGUGCCCUUCUAAUAUGUAAGUGACUCCGUCCCCGUGUGCAAAACAUACACAGUCGCCUGCCCGUCUGCCAGCCUGCCUGCCUGCCGUUUGUUCGCUAGCUGGAGUGAGUGGAGUCGUCAUCCAUCGGCGUGGCGUGGUGUGUGUGGUGCGUCUUGCGUGCCAACCACAGACAGCCUAUGGAUGGAUGGAUGGAUGGAGGAUAGAUGGACAGCCUCAAUCGAGAGUCCUGGUCUUGACAUGGUCUCAUCCAUCUCUCAAAAUACGUAGAGAAGGUCGCCCCACACCCUCACACCACACGCCAACAGCACAUCUCGCACUGCGUCCCUGCCUGCCUGCCUGGCUGGCUGCCCGCCUGCCUAGCGGGCUCAGCGACGGACAGGCACACAGAAAAAAUGUGGCUGGCAAGUAGGUGGCUUGUGCCAGCUCUCGACCUUCGCACCGCACACACCGCAGUCCAUCCCCCUCUCACCCCUGACUCCCUCCCUCCCUAUACACGCACACAUCACAUCUGUCAUUGCAUCAAAUCACCCAUAUCAAGGACAGAAAAGAAGCCCCCGGCGCGCACAACAACAAGCACGCUGGUGCCACCCUUCAUAGUCAGGUCAGGUAGCCAGCAGGGACCCCCACAAUGGGCAGGCAGGAAGGAAAAGUCGUCACUUGGCUGCUGAUGCCUUGGGGAUGUACUUCUGCUUGGUGGACGAUGCGGCGGACGCCUGGGAAGCGGCGGUAUCGUGUUGGCCGUCGGCCGCCCCGCACACGUCAGCAGCAGCGCUGUCCUGCGUCCGGUGCCCACCGCCGCUGUUGUUGCCGUUGCCGUUGCCGCGCCCCCGCCCGCCUCCAGCCACACCCCCACUGCCGUUCCCCCUGGUGGCCACGAGACCCCUCCCCCUGCCGCCCCUGUAUCCCCCGCCGCCCCCACCCCGCUGCUGGCCAGCGCCGUCAUGCGGCCCUCCCUGCGGCCCCCAUCCCCCUCCUGACCCACCCGCCAGGUCUGUGUCUUUUGAUGGCCACCCGGGAUGGCGGUUCUUGUUAGGGGGGGGUCGUGGGUGGGGGUGGGGGUAGCCCUGCUGCUGGAAGUGGUCAGGGUUGGGGGACUGGUCGAGGGUGGGGGAGCGGUCUGGGCCGGUGGAGUAGAUGGGCCGCAGGCGGUGCUGGUCGCGGGGGAAACGGGUGCGGCCUCGGGGCGGCUUGCCCGUCAGACCAAACUGACGAUUCACCUGACAGACAGGCGACACGCAUGGCCAAUGCAACGCAGACACUGUCUGUCUGUCUGUCUGCGUGUUGGUGGUGUGCAGUGCAUGUCAUGUCACCAGUCAGUGCCUGUCUGUGCAUACCAUACCUGCUCCAUCUCUUCGUCGAUCUGGAAGAGGUCCCGCUCCAUGUCAGAGUACACCUGCAUGGAUUGGAUGGAUGGAUGGCCGACAGAGAGGCAGACGAUGGAUGGAUGGAUGGAUGGAUGGUUCGAUCCCUCCCUCCCUCCCUCACUGUUUCUUGUGCUCACCUCUCUGUACUGGAGGUGGGUUUCAAUCAUCAUCUUCGCCAGCGAUACGUUGGCCCGCUUCCCGCACAACUCGUAGCUACACCGGUCGGGGUGGUACCUACACCAACACCACACACACCACAAACACCACACAACACACGGCACAAAGUGCACAAACCCAUCAGGCUUGCCCCGUCCCCCCCCUCCCUCCUUUGCAGCCGUACGUACGUCAUUUUGAAGAUGCCGGACGUCUCGGCCACCUCCCUCUCAGACACCCGCCCCUUGUUGUGGUAGUGCAUACGCCUGAACGGCCUCUCGCCACGCCCACCACCACCACCGUAUGGGGGCGAGCCGUCAUCGUCUCGCGGGCGGGGCGGGUUGAGCCACAUGAACUCAUCCUUGGUGAGGGUCACAUGCUCGCUCACGAACUCAAAAGCCGCCCUGGCGCGCUCCAGGGUGUCUUGGGAGGGGCCGAAUAUCCUGACCUUCGCCAUGCCGUCAACAGGGUCCAACACGCGAAUAUCAACCUGACAAUAGCGACAACGUGUGUGUGAGCAUGUGUGUGAUAGAACCGACCGAUCUCGCCCACCCACCCACCUCGAAGUCGCUUUGGAUCUGCUUGAUGUGCUCUCCGUUUUUGCCGAUGUGCAUGCCGACCAUGCUCUCGGCCACCUCGAAUUCGAGCUGCUCGCUCUCCUCGUACUUGGUGCGGCGGGUCUCGAGGGCCUUGAGCUGCAGCGCCCGGCUGUGGUUGUGCUUCUGAAUGUGUGCCAGGUGGUUCAUGUGGAUAUCCAGCAUCAUGAGCCCACGAUCCAACGCCUUGGGGAAACCCAGCAGCACCAGGAUCGGCACCUCACGAGUGCUGCCGCCCGACCCCUGGCUGCCGCUGCCACUGGUGGCAGCCCCGACCCCGCCCUCCUUGCCACCAUUGUCCUUGCCCGACGCCUCCGACCCGCCGUGAGACGCGCCAGACCGCUCGGGUGCGUGGUUGUCGGUGGCCAUGGUGACGAUGCGGGCCUGGCCGACCCGCUUGUGGUGGUCCCCUCGGUGCCCCCCACCGGUAAUGGGCGCGUGUUUGACGAGUAUGCGGAGGAGACCGGCCUUUGCAGCGAUCUGGUCGAGCUUGCCCCUGGCCUCCUCGGUGUCCAGCCAGUGGUGGAGUAUCUCGGGGACCUCCCUGGAGCGUCGCUGAAUCUUGGACCAGUCGACGCGCUCCAUGGCGUUGAGCGGCCGCAGCCGAUCCUUCUCGACGAUCAGAGCUGGCGAGCCGUCAAACGAGACGAAGUAGAAGCCGUUCUUGAUGUUCUGCAGGACGCCUUUCUGCCAGUAGGGGGGCGACUCGGGGCUGGAGGGGAAGGACACCUCGACACAGUCGCCCUCGUUGGGCUGCAAGUGCUGCGUGGCGAUGGCGGGGUCGGACGCCCGCCGGAUGGACGUGCCGCUCACCUCCCGCUCCGCCCACACGUCGCCCUCGAACCGAACCAACACCGUGUUGUCCGAGGGAAGGUCCUCAACAGUCACGGCAUACCUGCACACACCAGGCAGGCGGGCAGGUAGACAGACAGAUGGAGACCAUGACGUCAUCCCUCCCUCCUCUGUCUGUCUGUCUUCUGCGUAUCUGGCUGCCCUGCCCUGCCCACCGCACAGACCCAUACGUACCAGCGGUCUCUUGUUCGCGUGGAGGCGGGGUAGGUGGGCGUGGAGGAGCCUGAGCCGGAGAGUGCGCCGCCUUCGAGGUCCAGGUUGACCUCGAACUUGGUGCUGCUCUCCAUCACUCCAACAGCAGUUAACGCUGAGUGAAUGGUCAGAGACGGAAGCCUGCUACAGACGGUAGACAACGAUGGGGGUG